CAGGGGAACGCGACCGAGAUGACGCUAAACUUUAAAGUCAGCGUUUACACCCGCGGGUUUAUACGAUUGUGUUCAGUGGGAGCGCGGAUGCGAUGAUCUACAGUGUGCUUGGGACUACACUCUGACUAACACACCAACUGGCAUCUACAACAAGAAGGACAAUUUUGCAUGUACACAUAUAAUACAUCUGUAGAAAACAUAACAUUUCACAAGUGAACCUUAAAUAAUUCUACCAUCAUGGAACUUGACGCGUCUAUCAUUCUCCCUGCGCUCUUCUUUACCAUUCUUGCUGUUGUCUUGGCAGCCAAAUUCAUCCCCAGAAAACAACCAGAGGAGAAGAAGAAGAGGGUUAAAGUAGGCUAUGGAGACGACAUUCCUCCUUCCAGAGCAUUGGCACCAGCAGUACCAGUAGUGGAAGUACCAAAAGUGGAGAUAUCACCACCAGUGAUAAAACCUGAAGUUAUCCCCGAGCCAGAAACAGUUGCCCCAGUAGUUGAAGAGAUCAAUGUUGUAGAAGAAGAGACAGUAAAAGAGCCAGAAAUGAUCCCCGAGAUUCAGGCUGUGCCAGAGCCCGUGCCAGAACCCGUGGUUGAGCCAGAACCCGUGCCUGAGCCCAUCCAAGAGCCAGAGCCCAUCCUUGAGCUCAUCGCCGAACCUGAACCUGUACCCGUGGUGAAGGAGGUCCCCGUCAGAGAGCCCACCCCAGAGCCAGCGAGGGAACCCACCCCAGAGCCAGCGAGGGAACCCACCCCAGAGCCAGCGAGGGAACCCACCCCAGAGCCAGCGAGGGAACCCACCCCAGAGCCAGCGAGGGAACCCACCCCAGAGCCAGCAAGGGAACCCACCCCUGAGCCCGUCUUCAUGCCAGAGCCAGAGGACCUUGAGAGCAACGGUACUGAGGAGGUGCACUUUACCCCAGGAAUGAAGAUGAGCAAGUUGGAGAAGCUGAUGACCAAGGAGGAGAUGGAGGAGGAGCAGAGGAUAGAGCUCACACCUGACUUUACCUCUCUAUAAGCAACAUCGACAAGCACACUGUGAGUAGGGAAGGAUUAUGGUGCAGCUGAGUAGGCGAUGAAGAAAAUGAAGGACUCUACACCCACACCUUUCUAUUCUUUACUUUGUUUCCUGAAAAGUGAUCACUGAAGAAGAACCUUUGAAACCUCUGCUGAAAAGAGUGAUCUCUUCUGUUGAUUGUCCGGCGACUCUGCUGUUGAUCUGGAAAAUAUCUGUUGCUUUUUGUCCUCUCCUCUUUUCUUUCCUUCUUUAUUACUUUUGAAGGAUGUGAGUUAAAGGCUACUGCUCAACUCUGCCUGUGAAUAGCAUGCUGCAUUACACCAAACACACAAGUGCCUAUGUGAAUCUGUACUCCCCUCCCCCCUCGCUUUCUAUCUGCUGUCUUACUGGUGGCGUCUAUCCUUUGAUUCGAGCGGGAAUUCUUCAAUCUGGAUUCUGAGUCUGCUUAUUACAGAGUAUGAGGUGUGGGGUGUGCAAAAAACGUUUCUGAAAAAUGAAAGGUCGGGAACCCCUGCUUUCAAAGAGAACGAUGACCAUUGCAAUACCAAUACAGUAAGGAAGUGUUUAAAUAGCUAUUAUGGGUGAAGGGUAGAGACGAGUUGUGUUGUUUUUCAUUGUUUUAAAAUAUGAAACUGUGAUUUAAAGCCAAGACAUGCAAAGACCCCCUCCACCCAAGUCUUGGUCUGUGUGGCUACUGUCCAUUGUGAGCCAGUCCCAGACACUUUAAGAAACGUAACAAAUGCCAAUCAGUAACAUCCGACUAGCCUAAUGAUUGCAUUCUGAAUGCUGAGAACCAUAUAUCGCACUCCUGUCCUGACUCUGACGAUCGUUGGGGCUUUUGUCACUUCAGAAGUAUGUAACCAAUGCACACUGACAAUGAAUGGGCUUCUUUUCAUAUGGGACUGGAGCUCGGUUGUUAGAAUGGCUAAAGUGGAAUAUGUGUAUGACAACCCAUAGUGGUUUUUGUAGAGAGAUUGAAAUGUUUUGUUUAAACAUGAAGUUUUUGGGCUUUUGUAAACUAUUGAUUAUUAAAAGCCAGUUUGUCUAAAACCAA